AUGCGUUCAAGUGGAUUGGGACAUAAAAAGAAGUGGGUGGCGGCGAAGAAACUUAGACCGUGUUACUGUUGCUCGGGGAAAGGACUCCUUAGUGACUUAGAUGCCUGGAGCAGAGAGUGUGGAAUUGACUGCUGCAAGGACCUACACCACCGGUUACUUCAUGUAGUUCCUGGGUCCAUGGAGGGGGAGGCUGCUACAUCUGUGACAGAGAAAAACAAUUUAAGUCUAGUACGUACGAAACACUACAAGAACAUGCACAGGGGAGUAUUGCCUUGCGUACUGUUCCAGUCAUUUUCAAACAUGGGGACAGACGUUUGCAAGUUAAUCGUUUCUUGGACGAGGGCAGUGGUACAGUUGUACGUCGUAUGUUAAUGAGGAUGUGGUAGAGGAAAUUAAUGGCGUUGAAGGGUAGGAAGGAAAUAGUAAUUAGCAAUGUCGCUUAUGGUCAGACGGCCAGGUUAAUGUCAGCAACCAUGGAGGUUUUGGACAGUCUGGGUGGUCAGGUGGACACAAUCAUUGUAGCGAAGACAUCAAAUAUCAUCUGUGGUGGGAUGAAACCCACCAACUGGCUGCAAAUCAAAGACCAGUGGAAACAUUUCAGGCACAUUACUUUUCCCAAACUUGGAGAAAGGAGUAAAAUCGAUGUUCCUAUUGGUUCAGAUUAUUACAUCUUGUUGUUUCCUAUCAAAGAGGCUCGUGGAGGCGACAAUCAACCUAGUGCCAGACUGUGUCCGUUGGAGUGGACAGCAAUUGGUACCAUUGGUAAGCGUACGUGUGAGGGACAUGGAGCAAGUAACACUGGUUGCCUAA